AUGGAGCAGGCGCCGCCGCAGCCGUCCCAGGCCAGCUCCCACUUCCAACUCGAGCCCGUCUCGGGCGCGACCCUGUUCGAGCAGGAGACGAGGCGCAGGGACGCGCUCGCGAGGCGGGGCAGGUGUCUGACCGGGUGCCGCGAGCUGGACGACCAGGUCCUCCUGGGCGGGUUCGAGAGGGGUUGCGUGGUUGGCGUCAGCGCCGAGGAUGAGGACGUAGGCUUGCUGAUCGGGCUCCAGACCGUGGCGAGGUUGUUCGUCGCCAGUCUCGGGGCUGGAGAUGGCCCGGCACCACGGGCUACGGUCAUCACGACGCUCUCUGCCGGCGCACUGUUGCCGAUAUUGCGGGACAGUUUCAAAGCACAGCUGGUGGCGCAGGGCCAAGACCCUGGGAAAGGGGGUGAGCUGCUGAAGCGGUUCUUGGAGAGGGUCUCUAUAUCGCGCGUCUUUGACGUCUCUGGGCUGUGGGAGGCUCUCGGAGAGCUGGAUAAUCUGGCCUCGCAGAAUGAGGCGCGUCAGGAGCCGCCUAGCAGUCAACAGAAUGUCGAGGAAGAGAGACUGCCUGGCCCUCGGACUGCAUCUACAGGUGGAAGGAUCGAAGAGGGAGAAGCAAAUACAGCAGAAUUGUCCUCGAGUCCACUGUCAGACCCUCCCAGCAGUCUACCAGAUGAGAUGGAGUUUGAGGAGGCGGAGCCCAGGAAACCACCACCCGCUGAGAGAACGGAGAUUGCAGAUAGCGAGGACGAGGAUGACUUUUUGUCUCCUCUGAGCCCUCCAAAAGCAUCGUCGGAGCCAGACACAGCAGCACAGGCAGUCCCUGAUGAGGACAACUCCAAUGAGAAGGAGGCGGGCGUCGACCAGUCCGGCGUCGACCAGAUCAGGAAGCAGGCAGAUUCACGACAUCCAGACUUAGUACUGAUAACACACAUGUCCGCACUUGUGUCCUCCCUCUUUCGUCAGCGCGAGAAGGACACGGCGCACCAGAUGCUACAGCUCCUGUCCUCUCACCUACGCUACCUAUCGCGCUCACCCGGCCACGGCGGCCCCCUCAUCAUGAUCCUCAACUCAACCACGAACUCGCAAGAAGCCCCCUCCGCUACAAGCACAAAACCAACGCAAGGACAGGGCAGGCCAUCGCCGCCUCCUCCGCCGCCACCAGAGGCUCCCAACACGAGAGGCCCCAACAGGUCCCUAGACCCCACGCUACGCUCGAUCUUCAACCCCCCGCCGCUCCCUGCCAGCGGUCUGGGCUACACGCACGACACGCCGCUCUCGCGGCGCAACAAACCUUCGUUCGGGCUCAUUUUCACGCAGAUGCUGGACAUGCACCUGCUGUGCACACGCGUGCCCCGGACGCGGGCGGACGCCGAGGUGCUGUUCGCGCCGCCGAGCCAGGCGGCGGGCACUGGCACUGGCUCCGGUGCGGUCGGCUACGGCUGGGUCGUGGAGGUGCUGCUUGACGAGGUUGGCGUGUGGGAGGGCGAGGGGGCGCGCCCGCCAUGGGGCUCGAGGAGGGCGUCGAGGGAGCAGCGAUGGGGUGCUGUGGAUGUGAGGAGGGACGGGGACGGGGUGAUGGUUGUGGAUGCGCUUGGGGGCGGGCGGAAAAAUGUGUCCGAGAUUGUGCUUGCUGCUGGAUUUGGGGGCAGGAGAGUCUGA